AUGGCACUGGCAGCGAGGGGUGCCAUCCCACGUGCGAACCCAGACGUUCUUCGCCCAAUCUUCGAGCGAUUUGCAUCCAAGGCAGACAGCGAUGGCAAGAAGUACAUGACCUCAGAGGAUUUUAUUAGAAAAUAUCUCGGCCUGUACACAGAGGAAAAUUACAAUAAGGAAACGGUACGGAUGCUCGCUUCGGCUGCCGACACCACGAAGGAUGGCGACAUCUCUCCUGAUGCUCUUUACUUGACCGCAUUCGAAAUGUUCGACCGAAAUGCCAGCGACUCGAUCACUUGUGACGAGUUUGAGGCAGUCAUCCGACACACGGAACCGCUUCACGAUAUGGACGACUUUGAUUUUAACUCGGAUUUCAUCAAGAAAUAUUUCGGCGCCGACAAAAAGCGAAGUAUUAAUUACUAUGCAUUUACCCAGCUUCUACACGAUUUCUAUGAAGAACAAGGAAUUCAGGCAUUUAAAAGAUAUGAUAAGAAAGGAGAUGGAGCCAUUACCUCAGUAGAUUUUCAACAUAUCAUGACUACCGUCAAGAAACAUCUGCUAACAGACUUCGUUCGUGAUAACCUGAUAGCCGUCUCUGGUGGUGGAGCCAGUGGUCACAAGUUUCCGGAUCUCCGUGGUGGAAAAGUCACAUUCCCGUACUAUGCGGCCUUUAACAGUUUACUGGCAAAAAUGGAGCUCAUCAAGCGAGUUUACUUGAGUCAAGCUAGAGGUAAUCUGGAUCUCGAAAUGACCAAAGAGGAAUUUCUGCAAGCUACUCAGAGCUAUGCUCAGAUCACCCCUUAUGAGAGCGCUUGUCAUGAAAAUGAAUAG